ACUGUUUCGUUAGGAGUUUUAAAGGAAAAUCAUAAGACAAUGUUUGAACCAUGUCUGUCGCUUAGCAAAGAACACGCCAUAGAUGGCCUUAAGUUGGGUACGGUUAAUAAGUUUUUCUUUGAAUUUGAAAAAAUGUUCUUACCUGAUGAUUGGCGAGGAAUUGAUUGCUUGUGGCGAGAUGAGGAUCUUGAAAUAUUACGAGAAACGGAGUACUUUUGGAUGGAAGGUAUUUCUGGAUUCUACGGUGUAGCAUAUCAGCCCCGUAUUCUGUGUGGUUGGAUUGUCGGUCGCCAUGCUCGCUACGUGGAAACGUUAGCCGAAGAAGAUGUUCUAAAAGCCUUAAUGUGGAUGUUAAGGAAAUUCUUAAAAUUCCCGGUACCAGAUCCAAUAAAGUUCAUUCGCACUCAAUGGUACACAAAUAGUAAUUUUCGGGGCACUUACAGCUAUCGUACCCUAUAUGCUGAUGAGUUGCGUACGGGAGCUUGGGAUCUAGCGAAACCUACGACAGAUGACGAUGACAAACCCAUUGUGCAAUUUGCUGGCGAAGCGACUCAUAAUCAUUAUUUUGGUACUGUUCAUGGUGCUAUCGAGACUGGCUGGCGGGAAGCAGAUCGUUUAAUUAAUUACUACGAAAAGAAGAAGACCUCGAAUUGA